UAAUUUUUUAUUUUUUUACAUAAUAUAAAUAUUAUAACACUUCAGAGUUAAUAUUUUUAUGGUAUAAAACUAUAAAUGUAGAUCAAAGUUAAUAAAAUAUUAUAUUAUUAUGGUGGGUCGGGUACUUAGUGGGCCAAGGCCCAUUUAAGCCCAAAUGGAAAUCUACACAAACUGCGGCACGUGCGAUAGCUAGAGCCUAGUGAGGAAGAUGAAGAGCAGUACCUUCACACGCGCCUCCCUCUCCUCCAUACUGCAACCCGCCUUCUCGCCCCGCCCAAUUUCGGGUCGACCCAUCACCUGCUCCGCCGUCGCACCGAAACCCCAGACCCCACUCCACCUCCGUCCGCCGUCGUUCCGCGCCACCCUCUCGGAGCUCCAAAAAUGGCACAUUUGGGCCAAAAACAAAGCCUCCUCGGUGGGGUCCACAUUCCUGGACCUGGACAACGGCCCGGAAUCCACGCUCCUCCACAGGGAGCUCAACUGGCUCGUCGAAGACGCGCUGGAGCAACCCGCCCUCCUUUCCCGGAACAAUUACGACGAUGCCACUCCCGUUUCGGUAAGGGCGCGUUUGGACGAUCUGUACGAUUUGUGGAAGCAGAGGAUCGACGAGAGAAGGCCGUUUCAGUACGUGGUGGGGUGCGAGCACUGGAGGGAUUUAGUACUCAGCGUUGAGGAAGGGGUUUUGAUACCCAGACCCGAAACCGAGAUGAUUUUGGAUCUGGUCGAGGAAUCUGUGACUCAAAAUGCCGGGUUGAAAAAUGGGUUGUGGGCUGAUUUGGGUACCGGAAGUGGGGCCCUUGCUAUUGGGGUCGCCCGGGUCAUCGGGUCGGGUCGUGGGAGAGUGGUUGCUUCCGACUUGAGCCCUAUUGCUGUUGCCGUUGCAUCGUAUAACGUGCGGAGGUAUAAUUUGCAGGAGAGAGUUGAUGUACGGUUAGGAUCUUGGUUCGAACCUCUGAAUGACGUUAAUGAGGAACUCUCCGGACUCGUAAGCAAUCCGCCGUAUAUUCCGACUGAAAAUAUCGAAGGGCUACAAGCCGAAGUUUGUAAACACGAACCAAGACUUGCUCUCGAUGGUGGAGAAAAUGGCAUGAGUGACCUUAUCCAUCUCUGUAAUGGUGCUGCUUCGAUGUUAAGACCUGGUGGAUUUUUUGCAUUUGAGACAAAUGGUGAAGUACAGAGUGAACUUCUAGUUGAUUACAUGGAUAGUAAGGUGAAAGGAAGCUUCUUCGACGUAAAUAUUGCGUCUGAUUUUGCUGGGAUCCGAAGAUUUGUGACUGGAUAUCGAGCAUGAGUUUUUGCGGUCGAUGAUAGUUUUAGGUAGAAAAUAGACGUCAAAUCGAAUAUUUACCAAAUUGUUUUGCAUGAAUUCAGAAAUUGAAAAGUGUGGUUGUACAUUUGUUGAAACUGCAAAACAUGAAUGAGAUGGAAAAAAAAAACUUGCCCUAA